AUGUGGUUCCAUCGAGUUUCUCUAACCUGUAGAGUGACCCGUGGGGACUGGCACCGAGGCGAAAAGGUUUUCUGGCCGCCUGGGCUCCCAGGUGUCCGGCGGGACAGCGGCAGCGCGCUCGCAGCAGCGCCCGGCCCCGACGGCCCAGCCCAGGCACGGCGCGGCGGCGCUUGGCGAGGAGCUGCCCUCGGGGCUCUCCCGCUGCCCUCGGGGCUCUCCCGCUGCCCUCGGGGCUCUCCCGCUGCCCUCGGGGCUCUCCCGCGGCCCUCGGGGCUCUCCCGCUGCCCUCGGGGCUCUCCCGCGGCCGCGGAGUGGGGCACCAGCAGGGCCACACGCCCUCCUCCCUGGGUUUGCGGCAUGUUUUCAUCGCAUGGUUCUGCUGCCGCCUUUAACCCCGCCAGGCGGCCGCCCGCCGCUGGCCCCGCCGGCACCCGACAUCCCCGCGCCCGCGAGCUGCCGGGGGACCGGGGACAGCGGCACCGCGCCCCAUCUCACCCCGGAGGAGUCGGGGCUGCCAAGAGGGCGGUGGCGGGGCUGGGCGGUGGGGGCCAGCGCCCGGCGCUCCCCGAGGGGCGGCCGGGGCAAGCUUUGCGGGCCACCCCGAGCGCUCCUAGAGGCUUUCCUCAGCCGCAGCCCCCCCUAGUGACAUCGGCACGCUUCCAGUCCUUAGAAUUAUACUAUCAGACUCCUGUUUCUUCAGCUGAUUCGGCUACUUGGGAGAGUUGGAUUGAACGAUGUCUCAAUGAAAGUGAAAACAAACGUUAUUCCAGUCACACCUCUCUGGGGAAUGUUUCUAAUGAUGAAAAUGAGGAAAAAGAAAAUAAUAGAGCAUCAAAACCGCAUUCUACUCCAGCCACACUGCAAUGGCUGGAGGAGAACUAUGAGAUUGCAGAAGGUGUUUGCAUUCCUCGAAGUGCUCUCUACAUGCAUUACUUGGACUUCUGUGAGAAAAACGACACACAACCUGUUAAUGCUGCCAGCUUUGGGAAGAUAAUAAGACAACAGUUUCCACAACUAACGACAAGAAGACUUGGAACCAGAGGCCAGUCAAAGUACCAUUAUUACGGAAUUGCAGUGAAAGAAAACUCCCAGUAUUAUGAUGUGAUGUAUUCUAAAAAAGGAGCAGCCUGGGUCAACGAAACAGGAAAAAAAGAAGUAACCAAACAGACAGUGGCGUAUUCACCACGAUCCAAACUGGGAACAUUGCUGCCAGAGUUUCCAAAUGUCAAAGAUCUAAAUCUGCCAGCCAGUCUGCCAGAGGAGAAGGUUUCUACUUUUAUUAUGAUGUAUAGGACUCACUGUCAGAGGAUACUAGACACUGUAAUAAGAGCAAACUUUGACGAGGUUCAAAGUUUUCUUCUGCACUUUUGGCAAGGGAUGCCUCCUCAUAUGCUGCCUGUACUGGGUUCUUCAACUGUAGUGAAUAUAGUGGGAGUUUGUGACUCAAUUCUGUACAAGGCAAUUUCUGGAGUUUUGAUGCCAACCGUACUACAAGCCUUACCUGACAGUUUGACGCAGGUGAUCCGAAAGUUUGCAAAGCAGCUGGAUGAGUGGCUGAAAGUAGCUCUCCACGAUUUACCAGAAAACCUACGAAAUAUCAAAUUUGAGUUGUCCAGAAGAUUCUCACAAAUACUACGGCGACAGACAUCCCUAAAUCAUCUCUGCCAAGCAUCAAGAACAGUGAUCCACAGUGCAGACAUCACAUUUCAAAUGCUGGAGGACUGGAGGAAUGUGGACCUGAAUAGCAUUACCAAACAAACCCUCUAUACCAUGGAGGACUCACGGGAGGAACACAGAAAGCUCAUCAUACAAUUGUACCAGGAGUUUGAUCACCUUUUGGAGGAGCAGUCCCCCAUUGAGUCGUACAUCGAGUGGCUGGAUUCCAUGGUGGACAGAUGUGUUGUAAAGGUAGCUGCCAAGAGACAAGGCUCUUUGAAGAAGGUAGCUCAGCAGUUUCUCCUGAUGUGGUCCUGUUUUGGCACUCGAGUGAUUCGAGACAUGACUUUGCACAGCGCACCCAGCUUUGGGUCUUUUCACCUUAUUCACUUGAUGUUCGACGACUAUGUAUUAUACCUGCUAGAAUCACUCCAUUGUCAGGAGAAAGCUAAUGAGCUAAUGAGGGCAAUGAAGGGAGAAGGAAGCACAGCAGAAAUACGAGAAGAAAUUAUUCUGAGUGAACCAGCUGCUCCAACUCCCUCCCCAGCACCGUUCUCCCCAGCUAAAUCUGCCACCUCUGUGGAAGUGCCCUCUGCCCCAUCACCCAUCAGCAACCAGUCCCCAGAGUAUGGUGGCAUAACAGCUACCACAGGGGCUAUGCAAUCCUACACGUGGUCACUCACCUACACUGUGACAACAGCUGCUGGGUCACCUGCUGAGAAUUCCCAACAGCUGCCCUGCAUGAGGAGCCCACACGUCCCUUCAUCGUCCGUCACACACCGGAUACCUGUGUAUCCCCACAGGGAAGAGCAUGGAUACACAGGAAGUUACAACUAUGGUAGCUAUAGCAACCAGCAUCCCCAUCCAAUGCAGAGUCAGUAUCCAUCCUUACCACAUGAUACUGCUAUUUCUGGUCCACUUCACUACUCAGCUUACCACAGAAGCUCUUCACAGUACCCUUUCAAUGGCCCAACAUCAAGAAUGGAGCCCUGUUUGAUGAGCAGUACCCCCAGGCUGCAUCCCACACCAGUGACUCCACGCUGGCCAGAGGUCCCAGCCGCCAACUCCUGCUACACAAGCUCCUCCAUGCACUCCACAAGAUAUGGGAAUUCCAGUGACAUGUACACGCCCUUGACAACACGCAGGAAUUCUGAGUACGAGCACAUGCAACACUUUCCUGGCUUUGCCUACAUCAAUGGGGAAGCCACCACAGGCUGGGCUAAAUGA